CCCCCUCCCCCCCCCCCCCCCCCCCCUUAUAAAUCAACAAGAGAGACCACCCGGCAACACGGCGGCACCUGCUGAGCGACGGGCUAAGGGAUUUUUCUCAUCAUGACGGACGAACAAGAAAUCAUGUGCAAGUUAGAAAACAUCCUGGAAGUACGGAACAAAACAGUCCAAAUGCAGAAGAUCAAGUCUCGCCUAAAGAUUGAAUUUGAGGCUCUGGAGUCUGAGGAGAAGCAUCUAAAAGAGUACAAGCAAGAGAUGGAUCUCCUCUUGCAGGAAAAGAUGGCACAUGUGGAGGAGCUCCGACUUAUCCAUGCAGAUAUCAAUGUGAUGGAAAGCACAAUCAAGCAGUCUGAAAAUGACCUGAACAAGCUGCUGGAAACAACUCGUCGCCUGCAUGAUGAGUACAAACCUCUGAAGGAGCAUGUUGAUGCACUAAGGAUGACUUUGGGACUGCACAGACUCCCUCACCUCAAUGAAGAAGAGGAGAAGCUCUCCCUGGAUUACUUUGAGAAGCAAAAAGCCGAGUGGCAAAAGGAGCCGCAUGAGCCGGCUAUUCCGGAAUCCCUCGCUGCCGCUGCGGCAGCGGCACAGCAGCUUCAGGUGUCCCGGAAACAAGAUGCCCGCCAGACGGCCACUUUCAGACAGCAACCACCACCCAUGAAGGCUUGCCUGUCGUGCCACCAGCAGAUUCACCGCAAUGCUCCCAUCUGUCCCUUGUGCAAGGCCAAGAGCCGCUCACGCAACCCUAAGAAGCCCAAGAGGAAGCCGGACGAGUAGAUCCUUUUACUCUAUUUAUUGCAAACUGGCCCAGUAUGCUGAUCAAUGAUCAUAUGCAAAAUGAGGGACAGCGGUGCAUCUUAGGAAGACUCCCAAACAAUUUGGCAAAAUAUAUUAUUGGUACUAUACCUUGUUGAUAUCAGUCUACCACUGAGCCAGGAUUGGGUUAUAUCUUCAUUGCGUGCUUCUAUUUGUGCUUUUCGUGUGUUAAUAUACAACUGUAUGACUUCCACUCUCGGUUUAUUGUCCCUCAUUCGACUUCCUGCAUUAAUAUAACAAAACGGUAUCUGUCAUGUUUAUUGCCUUAGAUAAUGUACUGUAAUUUCUGUUUGUUUUUAAAUCAUUCUAUGCAUGCUUCUGUGGUUGUCUGUUGUGAUUUGUGUUAAUACAAUAGGCUUAAUAAAAUAAUGUUUUAUGUUUACAGUGUGAAAAUGACCAUCUACCCAUGUGGGGGAAAACAGACAAAUGCGAUUUUCUUUAUAUUGUGUUGUAAGUUUUAAUACAGUGAUAUGAAAAUAAAUGUCUCUUUUGUAUAAAA